CAACCAUUGGACACCUGAACAGUCACUUGCGGGACAACAAUAACAACAACAACAAACUACCGAUUGAGCCGAUAGUGUGUCAACAGUGUGUGUGGCCACUGGUCACCAAUGUCUUGAAUGGACACAAUCUCAUUGUAGUGACCAUUGAUCGGUAACAAUCAUACACAACGACCAGACAUCGCGAUGUCAAAGUCAUCGAAACAAUCGCCACAAACAUCGCUAACCGGUGGCAAUGGCGGCCAAUCGGGUGGUUCGGGCGGCGGCGGUGCGGGAGGUGGUGGCCAUCAUCAUCACCAACAAGUUGGCGGCCAUCACUCGUUGACUGCCACAGCAGCCGCACUAACCGACGAACCGUCAGUGUUGCCGAUCGGUACGGACGUGUCGGCCAAAUAUAAGGGCGCCUUUUGCGAGGCCAAGAUCAAGAAGAUCAUACGUAACGUCAAAUGCAAACUAACGGUUAAGUCGAGCGGCCAGACGGCUACCGUCGACGACGACUCCAUUGUUACGGGUGCACUGCGAGUGGGUGCCAUAGUUACGGCCAAGACUACACCGGGCGGCCAACCGGUCGAAGCGGUUGUCAACAAAAUACUCGACCAAAGUUUCUAUACGGUUGUCUUCGACGACGGCGAUGAGGCCACACUCAAGCGUAACAGUUUGUGUCUGAAAAGUGGCAAACAUUUUGCCGAAUCGGAAACACUGGACCAGUUGCCGCUGACCAAUCCCGAACACUUUGGUAAUCCCGUAUCGUUGGGUCGUCGACGCCGACGACGACCGCCAACAUCCGACUCGGAUGACGACGAACCCGAAGCCGAGGAAACAGAGAGCAGUCAAUCGCCGCCAGAAAAGGAUUCGGACGACAGCGACGACGAACAAAGCGAAGAAAAAGAUCGUUUUGUUGCCCAACUCUACAAAUAUAUGGACGAAAGGGGAACACCAAUCAAUCGGGCGCCCACUGUUGGCGGCCGUGAUCUCAAUCUAUACAAACUGUACAGAAUUGUUGUGAAAAUGGGCGGAUAUAAUCGGGUGACCAACAAGAGUUCGUGGCGUGCCGUUUACACAAAGUUAGGACUGGCCGGCAAUCCUACGACUACCGGCAAAGAGUCUAACGCUGUUCUACAGUUGAAGACGGCGUUCAAGAAGUAUUUGUUGGCUUUCGACGACUUUUAUCGCAAACUCGGCUGCACUAUAACCGUUAAUUCGCGGACAUCGCGACCGUCGCGCGGCGAACGCAGUCUGCGCGAAGAAAAACCGGCGCCGUCGGUGUCGUUGACAACAAAAAAGUCGAUCAAAAAGGAGAGAGAAUCGAAAAAAGAUGACCAAAAAGAGGAUACCGAAGCCGCCAGAGAUAAGGAUACUGUUACUACUGGUGCCGCCAGCAGUCACGGUGCUGGCGAUGGUGUUAGCAUUAGUGAACGCAAUAGCAAAGGCAAGGAUAGAGGAGAGGCAACAAAAGGCGGUGACGACGGCAAAGGUGACGAUAACGGUGGCGGUGGCGGCAGUAGAAGUGGUAGCAAAGUUGUUACCGUUAAAGAGGAAAAGGAUAGCAAAAAGCCGGACGACACUAUCGAUAACGAUCGCCGACAACAGCGGUCCAGUAGAGGACGUAAUAAAAAGAUUAAAGAAGAGAUCAAUGAAGAGCCUCCUCCCGCAGCUCCGGCCAGUGUUGUAGAUGAGGAUACAAUGACUGGACAAUCGACGGUUGACGACUCGGACGAAGACGAGAAGGAUUCGGGCAAAAAUUCGAAAUCAAUAGACGAAUCGACAAUCAAAGUGGACGAUCGGCUUAAAGUGAAGUACGGAAGAGGUCGACAGCUAAAGGUUUACGAGGCGAAGGUACUGAAGAUCGAAUUGGAUCCGAUCAAGAAUCGUAAAAAAUAUUUUGUCCACUAUUCCGGUUGGAACGCCCGUUACGACGAAUGGAUAAAAAAGUCGCGUAUCGUUCAGGUAGUACGCGACCGAUCGCCGCGACGCCGGUCGGCAAAGAUUAACAAAAAAGGCGAAUCUAUUAAGGAAGUUGCAGUGGUUUCCAGCGAACAACCAUCGAAAGUCACAACAACAACAACAACAACAGCUGCACAGUCAACAGCAGCCGCAGUGGUCACCAGUUCAACGGCCGGCCAGCAAAGCCAGAGACAAUCAGCCUCAUCGCCAGCACCGGCUCCACCCGUUGCGUCGUCGUCAUCAUCGGCACCGUUACUUCAAUCGCAAAGCUCUGUAUCGUCAAUACAUUCAAAUGAUUCGUCUGUCGCGGACACUUCGUCGACCAUUUCUACAGCCACGGCUGCCGCCGCACCCGUCAAACAAUUGUCAUCAGCCAAACGCGGACGACCGCCAAACACUGUAAAGACUAACAAACAAGAGGUGACAACACCAGUGAAAGAAGAGCCGAAAUCUCAUGAAAAACAAACUCAACCGUCGCCGCAAACUAACAGUCAAUCAUCGACAGCUCCGCAGACACCGGUCGGUCGACGCGGACGUCCUCCGCAUUCGUCUAAACGCGAGAAACUCACCCGAAAUAAGUCGCUAAACGACGAACAAUCGACCAACGAUUCUACUACUACUACUACUACCACUACCGGCGCUGAUGAUGUGCUGGUGGGGUCAUCGUCCACCAAAUCUAGCGAUGAACGAAAAGGUGGGCAUCAUAGCACUACCGAAACUUCGGUCGUCGUUUCGGAUAAGUUAGCGUCGGCUAAAGUGGAGGACGUGUCGGCUGCCAGUAGUAUAAGUAGUAGUAGUAGUAGUAGUGAUACUAAAGCUAUACAUCCGCCAGAAGUACACGACGAUAGUACCGUAGAGAACAAAGAUGAGGACAUAGAUGUUUCCAAUACUAGUGGUGGUUCUCACGAUGUUAGCGGCAGUGGUCACCAGAGCCGUCUAACAGCAAUCAAAUCGGAAGCAAUAAGCGCUGGAAAUGACAGUAGUGUUCGGCCAUCAAAAACAACAACAACAACGGCCGCCGCCGAUAAGGAACCGACCAGCGAGUCGAUAGCGCUCAACGCUAACAAUGUGAAAACGGAAGUCAAAUCAUCGGAUGACAACUUGUCGUCGUCAUCACCGGUAAAGGAUGCGUUCGAUUUUGACGACGACGAAGAACAGAUGAUGGUUAGAGACGAAGAGCCACUAAAAGAGAAACUGAAUAAAAAACGAAAAGUCAAAGAAACGGACAGUAGUACGGCUACUACUACUACGACAACUAGUAGUGGUAGUAAACGAAGUGCAGCAAAGAACGCUUCCAACACUGAAAAAGUGACCGUCAAAGAGGUGGUGGCCGUCAAGAAUGAAGAGUCCAAUAGUGUCCGUGAGAGCGGCGGCGGCCGAUCGAAUAGUGUGUCGUCGAGAAAGUCGUCGACAAAAAAGUCGCGAAAAGCACAACACGUCGUCGAUGAAGACAAGGCAUCGACCGUUACUGUGAUUCCCAACGAAGUUGUGGUCAAAUUAGAGGAACAACAGCCGAUCAAAGCUACGCCUACUGUAUUGGCCGCCGAAUCGACUGGCGAUAAGAAAUCUUCGGCGACGACGACUACAUCUACAAAGACAACAACAACAACAGCAGCAACUAUACCAAAAAAUUUACACCAAAACGUUGGCACCGCUAUCGUGGCGGCGGCUGUCAGUGACCAGAAUUCGGUGGUCGUUAAAUCGGAAUCCAAGAAACGAAAAGGACGCAAACGUAAGGACGACGACAUCGGAGUCGAUAUAUCGUCGCCAACGCCCGCGGCGCCACCGGUCGUUAAAAAACGGGCCACAAAACCGACAAAACUGGAACUACAGCCCGAAGAGGACAGCAAUCUGGAAGUUCAGAAACUUUUCGAACAACAAUCGUCUACUACUUCGGCGGCCGUACAGGAUAUGGACUUUUUGCCGAUAAACGAGCCGUCGAUGAUAAAAGUGUUGCCCAAUUUUACCGACGAUAUCAAUCCAUCGAUGAUUACGACUCGCAGCGGCGCUGGUGGUGGUGGUGGCGGCGGCGGCGGUGAUGAGUCAGACUUUUUGUUAUGCGAGGAAGCGGUACCCGCGAGUCCCGACAAACCGAACGCAAUAGUCGACGAACAUAUCGACGACGAAUUGUCGUUACCGCUCAACGACGACUUGUCGCCGGCGCACAGCUAUCAUUCAACGCCCACCCGAUCGCCGGACGCUGACGGCGUCGGCGGCAUCGGUGGCAUCGGCGGUGGCGUCACAAGUCAUUCGAACAAAGAUAAUAACGCCAAAGGCAGCGGUGGUUCAAACUCUGAAAUGGAAAACGAGACGCCAUUAGCCAAAGAUGAUGCACACAAUAAGCGACUAACGGAAGAGUCGUCAAAGUUUCAUCCGUCUCCGGUUCACGACGAAGACUCCAGUCUAGUCUUGCGUCACGACCACAACAAGUCUCCUGUAUCGCCGAAAAAGCGGCGCAGAGGUCGCGUACGAACUAUCUCUCAAUCAGAUUGUCUGCCAUCGAAAGAGCGAACCGUUGGAAUCAAGACUCGCGGCUCAUCCGGUCGACAUCGGGCGGCAGCCGAACGCCAGUCGCCAAUCACUGCGUUCGAACAUCGGGUGCCGUUCUCGAUGACACACAUAUCGUUCAACAACUAUGUGCCCGAAUCCAAGUAUAACUUUUGCGAACCAAUCGAUGAAUCGGUAGAUCCCGAUCGGCGUAUCAAUAUAUUGCAAGAAAGACUGCAAGAGUUGCGCCGAACCUAUUUGAAUAUCAAGAAUGAGGUGACAGUACUCGACAGGAAGAAAAAGAAGGCGCGACGUAAGGAACGGGAAAAACGUGAUACCAGUUAUCGUCAAUCGUCAUCACAUCAUCAUCAUUACGGCGGUGGUGGCGCCGGUUUCGGUGGUUCGGACAAUGGCGGCUACUCUGGUGGUCCGGUAACAGCCACUCGUAGUGCAGCGAUGGCAGUAUCGUCGCUAUUGUCUGCGGCGGCCAUGUCUACGACCAACUGUUCACUGACCAGCGGUAGUGGUGGUGGCGGUGGAUUGGGUAAUACGACCAAUACGUGACCCGUUUAUUGGCACCGGGAUGUCAUCUGUUGACACUCACAAUCAUUACCAGCUCUCUCUCUCUCUCUCUCUCUCUCUCUCUCUUACUUUCAAACCAACCAUUUGAUGGACAUUCCACUA